AUGGACAUCAGAGAUUUACAAGAAAAAAUUAGCCAGCUAGCGGCAAGCACAAUUAAUGACUUUGCGAAUCAAGUUCAGACACUCCUCAAUGAUUUCAAUUCAACUCAAAAUGCCAUUCCUUCCAAUGAAACAGAAAUAGAAGCAUCCACAGAAGAGUUUCUAUCAGGAGAGUCAGGACGUAAUCUAACAGAAACAAACGAACACUCGACUGGAUUUCAUGGAACCACCACGCUUAUUAUUCUCUUCGUUCUUUUAGGCAUCGUUCUCGCCGCAGCUGUUGGCACACGAAUAUGGAACAGAUGGCGGAAAGCAAAGUCAAAAGAGGAGGACCGUCGACAAGUUUACUUGUAUAGUUGGUACUAA